GCUGGGAAGGCGCUCGCGCGGCGGCCAUUUUGUCUUCUCGGCUCCUCAGCGGAGGAGGUGUUUCGGCCUGAGAGUGAGGCGAGGAGGUUGGCGACCGUGUCGCCAGCGUUUACUGGACGGGGUGCUAGGGCUGGUGGGGACAGCCGCCCGAGAGCAGCACCAUGAUUUCGGCCGCGCAGUUGUUGGAUGAGUUAAUGGGCCGGGACCGAAACCUUGCCCCGGACGAGAAGCGCAGCAACGUGCGGUGGGACCACGAGAGCGUUUGUAAAUAUUAUCUCUGUGGUUUUUGUCCUGCGGAAUUGUUCACAAAUACUCGCUCUGAUCUUGGUCCAUGUGAAAAAAUUCAUGAUGAAAAUCUACGAAAACAGUAUGAGAAGAGUUCUCGUUUUAUGAAAGUUGGCUACGAGAGAGAUUUUUUGCGAUACUUACAGAGCUUACUUGCAGAGGUAGAACGUAGAAUCAGACGAGGCCAUGCUCGUUUGGCAUUAUCUCAAAACCAGCAAUCCUCCGGAGCUGCUGGCCCAACAGGCAAAAAUGAGGAGAAAAUUCAGGUUCUAACAGACAAAAUUGAUGUGCUUCUACAGCAGAUUGAGGAAUUGGGAUCUGAAGGAAAGGUAGAAGAAGCCCAGGGAAUGAUGAAAUUAGUUGAACAGUUAAAAGAAGAGAGAGAAUUACUUAGAUCCACAACCUCGGAAAAAUUAAGGAAAAGAACUGAAGAACCUGAUCGAGAUGAGCGUCUAAAAAAGGAGAAACAAGAAAGAGAAGAAAGAGAAAAAGAACGAGAGAGAGAACGAGAAGAAAGGGAAAGAAAAAGACGAAGAGAAGAGGAAGAGAGAGAGAAAGAAAGAGCUCGUGAUAGAGAAAGAAGAAAGAGAAGUCGUUCACGAAGUAGACACUCAAGCCGCACUUCUGACCGCAGAUGCAGCAGAUCUCGGGACCACAAAAGAUCACGAAGUAGGGAAAGAAGGAGAAGCAGGUACACAAAAGCUAAAAAGCAGUUCCUCUACGGGGCAACAAGACGACUCUUCCUCAUUGAAGCUACCUGUGCAUCGGAGAAGCCCAUAAGGCACAAAGGGAGGACUUGUCCACAAGAAAAGAGGGGAUCUGAUGAUAAAAAAAGUAGUGUGAAGUCCAGUAGUCGAGAAAAACAGAGUGAAGACACAAACACUGAAUCGAAGGAAAGUGAUUCUAAGAAUGAGGUCAAUGGGACCAGUGAAGACAUAAAAUCUGAAGUGCAGCGUAAGUAUGCACAGAUGAAGAUGGAACUAAGCCGAGUAAGAAGACAAACAAAAGCAUCUUCUGAAGGAAAAGACAGUGUAGUCCUGCAAAACAUUUUGAGGUACAUUGUUUUGUCUCAGCUAUUUUGUAGCAGACUCGUGCCCCCAUUAGUGUGCCUCUUUGGAAAAUAUUGCCCACGUUUGUAAUAUAGUCGCCAUUAAAAAGUUAAUUAUCCUUUUUUUUAGGGAUUUUGCUGUCAUUUCUUUUUUUUUUUAAUAAAAAGGUUGAACUGUUUUUUAUUUUUUUAUUUUUGGUAUUAAGUCCAUCUUGUGUUGGUACAUUGGCAGAGACAUAUGCUUUAAAAACUUAACUAUUUCUGAGGCACAUGUUGGACUAUUUUGCUUUAAUUAAAACUGCUAGUAUUUCUUUGUCAAGGAUGUUUCUAGUUUUUUGCUUUAUUGCCUUGCAUUCUAAUGCAGUUUGUUCUGUAACUCGAGAGCCAGUAGCAUUGGAUUGAUGGAAGUGUAGGGUUUAUGAAUUAUUGCAGCUGACUACCAUACCUCACACAGCGUUGGUGUUGUGAGCGGCCCAUGAAAAGCCAAAUUAAAAAUCAAGGAUUCAGUCAAACUAAGCAGGUACUCAUGCCAGGUACUCCUUUCUCUACCCACAUCCAUGUUUGAAUGCUAUUGCCUGUGAUCUUUUACGCUUAACUGUUGUGUAUCUUUUUUGUUCUUUACAAGAAGCACAGAGGGGUUUUUUGUGUAUUGCGUGAAAACUUACAAAUCAAAUGUUAACAGAAUGGAAUUUUUUUUCAACUGUGUGUAGGGAUGCAGUGGUGCCCAGAAUUAGAUAUCUUUAAAGAAUUUUAAAUACAGUAAAUACUUCAUAUUAUUCGCCUUGUUACAUUCAAUGCAAUUCUCAAGUCUUUAAGAGGUAUGUGUUUAAUAUUUCCUACUGUGUAGGAGAAUUUGCAGUCAGCCAUAGGAAUAUAGGAAUAGUCACUGGCUGAUAUAUUACAAGCAGUAGUGAAAGGCAGGAAAGACAUUUCCAAUCUGUGACAUGCAAAGCACUGAUAAACUGUCUAGAAUUAAUUUGGGUUUUUUAAAGAGCUGUUAAAAAGCCAGGUGUUGUAAGUGUUCUUAAAACCUCUACACUAUUCAUUCUUUGGGCUAGUGGUGUGGGACAAAAUAUUCCUAAUGAAAGGAAUUGGUAGUGUUCCUUUUCUAGUAAAACAACAGGGUUCUAUCUGUUUGAGCCAUUCUCAUGUAGGAAAGUUUACACAGGCACAUGGCAAUAAGGAUCACACUGAUGUCUUGAUUAUUAAAAACAAAUACAGACAUUUCAUAUACACAGGUUACUUAUUAGCAGUUAGUGACUGGGCCAACACUUAGUCAUAAAAACAUUGCCUUUUAUAUGCUGUCUAAUUAUCAUUUUUCCCCAACUUUUGCAUUGUAGGACUACUGUUCGAAGAUUUUUUGAAGAAUACUGAAAACAGCAUAAAGUGAAGAUCGACAUUAAAAUGAGGUGAAAGAAAACUAUAGUUGCAUAGAAAAGUAUAAAAAGCUCAGUUAGUUUGGUUUUGUUUUUUGUUUUUAAUUAAAAAUUAAUUCAGGACUGAUAUGACCUACCAGAUUUCAGAACAUGUGUUAAUAGCAUAUAUACCACUUAGGUCCUGUAUCAUAUUUUCUCUUUAAGACUUUUUAAGAAAUAUUACCUAAACAUAUGGCUCGCUCAGUGUUUAAUUGCAAGUUUUCAUUCUUGGACUUUGAAAACAGGAUUAAACAUUAGUAUUCAUGUGAAUCAGACUAAGUGGGAUUCCAUUUUUUACAACUCUGCUAUACUUAGCCUUUGGAUUUAGAAGUAAAAUAAAGUAUCUCUGACUUUCUGUUACAGA